GUUUGCAUUUUAAUUUUUCUACUUUAUUAGGAAAGAGCAGCUUUGGAGCCCAGGUCUUGGGGAGAGGAACAGGCACCUCAGGUUACUGUACCAUUUUCUGUAAACAUUUAACUUCUCCUAUCUCAGGUCCUUGCGAUAAGGAGGACAGCUGCCUGGCCCUGCAGGACACCAUGGGUUCCUCAGAAACAAAUAAAACCCACCACUGACACUUCAAACCGCUAGCAGUCCUCCUCGCGCACAAACUCCUCCACAAGCAGCAGAGGAUCGUCACGGCGGGUGUAUCACAACUGAAUUUCAAGGACUGCUCCUAACUUUCGUGUAACGAAGCGAGGACCUGAGUGGGGCUGGGAGCCCCGGCAGCCCAACACCAGCCCCCAGCCCGCUGCAGACGUGGCUGCCUCUCGCGCCCCGCCAUCCGGCCCGCUGCACCGUUCCCUCCCGCCGCCUCCCCGGGCUCUCCCAACGACCUCCCCGGUCCAGCUUCCCUGUCGGACCGCAGUGACCCCUCGCGGGACGUUUUAACACCAAACAACGUCAAACGAUGAGCAUGGAGCCGGGGCCGGCAGCCGCAGGCAGGCAGACCCUCGUGAGGGGCCGGGCGGUGCCGCCGCUGCGGGCGGGAGAGGCAGCUCCCGCGCCGCCCCGCAUCCUGUUGCCCAUCCCGACCCGCUGCCGCGGCUCCACGCGCCGGCCCGGCUCCCCCGCGGCCCCUCCUCGCCCCCGGCCCUCGCGGGGACACGGCGGGGGAGCAGCGGCCGAUGCCAGACACGAGGCCUUGCCGCAGGCCUCGCACCUCUCGGCGGUUCCCGCGGCCCGGCCGGCGGAGCGGCGGCCUCCGGGCCCGAGGGGGAGCGCGGGGGCGGCGGGGCCGGGCGCCCGCGGGAGCUGCGAGCCCGGCAGCGCGGCCGGGGGGCGGCAGGGCGCGGGGCUGGCGCGGCUGCCAUUUCCCCUGGCCCUCGGAGCUGCCGGGCAGGCGGGAGCGAGGGCGGGAGGAGGAGGAGGAGGAGAAGGAGGAGGAGGAGGAGGAGGACGACGGAGGGAGGGGAGAGGGAGGUGGCCGAGCCGGAGUGAACUGAGGCUCUCAGCUGCCAACACUCACACACCGCCUGCUGCCGCCGCCGUGCUGCUCCCGGACUCCGGGCAAGAGGGGAAGGGAAGGCAGAGGAGCACGGGCAGGGGAAGUCAGAGCGGAGGGGAGCGGGAGAAGGAGCCUCCUCCCCGUAGCCAGAGGACUUCCAUGUAG